AUUACUGACAUAUAAUCACCUUUCAUCCUCGUACACAUUUCCAUUCCUUUUAUUUCUAAAUUCUUAGUGAAAUAAUCGAAAUUAUGAGAGAAAUUGUUCACAUACAGCUAGGGCAAGCCGGAAACCACAUUGGACACAAGGUAGAACAAUGAUUUAAUUUAAUGUUCUGGGAAGUGGUUUGUGCCGAACAUGGAAUUGGAAUGAACGGCAGAUUUGCCGGCACCUCCGAGUUACAACUGGAACGAAUAAACGUAUAUUUCAAUGAAGCCAGACGCGGCACUUACGUACCCAGGGCGGUCCUGGUGGACUUAGAUAAAGCCGGUUUGGAAAACAGCAGAAGAGGCAUUUACGAAAGGAUAUUCAAUCCCGAGAACUUCAUUUACGGUCGCAAUUCUGCCAGCAACAACUUUGCCAAAGGGAUGUUCACAGAAGGUGCCGAAAUAACAGAUCACCUCCUCGAUGUGAUCAGAAGGGAAGCUGAAGGAUGCGAUUUGCUUCAAGGGUUUCAGGUAAUACAUUCACUGGGAGGCGGCACGGGGUCCGGACUCGGUAGUUUGUUGCUACAAAAGCUCCGUGAGGAGUACCCAGACAGGAUCAUCAGCACCUAUUCGGUUGGUCCAAGCGGGAAAGUCUCUGACACGGUUGUGGAGCCGUACAAUGCCGUUUUGAGUAUGAACUAUUUGGUCGAUUUCCCGGACGAAGUGUUCUUCAUUGACAACGAGGCGCUGUUUGAGAUUUGCAGUCGCAAGUUGAAGCUAACUCACGCCAGUUAUUCAGAUUUCAACUUUCUGAUUUCCAAUGUUAUGGCCGGAGUUACCACGUGUUUUAGAUUUCCUGGACAGCUCAAUGCUGAUUUGAGGAAAAUAAAGACGAACAUGGUGCCAUUUCCGACCCUACAUUUCUUCAUAACUGCCUUCGUUCCGAUCAUAUCCAGGGAACAUCUGCCUUAUAAAGCUGGUUCAGUGCCUGAGCUGGUCAGAGAGUUAUUCGACGUCAACAAUUAUAUGUCGCAGUGUGAUCCCAGAAAAGGUAAAUUCCUAACUGUGGCCUGCAUCUUCAGAGGCAGGAUGUCAACCAGGGAAGUUGACGAACAGAUGGUCAACAUACAAGACAAAAAUUCGUCGUAUUUUGUGGAGUGGAUCCCCAAUAAUGUUAAAACAGCUAUUUGUGAUAUUCCCCCGAUGGGAUUUAGAAUGUCUUCAACCUUUAUUGGCAACACUACGGCCAUUAAAGAUGUUUGGAAAAGGAUUUUGGAGACCUUUUCCGUUAUGCUAAGGAGAAAGGCGUUUAUGCAUUGGUAUACCGGUGAAGGGAUGGACGAAAUGGAGUUUCAAGAAGCCGAAAAUAACCUGAAGGAUCUGAUGGCUGAGUACAAGACAUACGAAAAUCUAAAAUCCCAGGAACCAUCACAAGCAGAUACCGACAGUGACCUGGAUGAUGAUUAAACACAUUUCAUGGAUUUGACGUAAAAAUUAAAGUUAUUUCAUUAAAAACA